GGCCCUCCACUGCGAAACAGGCGUGGAUUUUGCCAUAGCAUUACUUGAUAGAUAAAUUGUAUUGUGUUGUUUACUUGUGUUCACCAUAUCCGAGCUGCCACAGUAAGUCCGGACAAGCUUCGUCACAACUGAGGAACAGGAAAACAGAGACCAACGAGGAUGUUCAAGAAAUUUGAUGAGAAGGAAAAUGUGUCCAACUGUAUCCAGCUGAAAACAUCAGUGAUCAAAGGCAUCAAAAAUCAGCUGGUGGAACAGUUUCCUGACAUUGAGUCAUGGCUAAAUCACAUAAUGCCAAAAAAGGACCCUGUCAAAAUAGUGAGAUGCCAUGAACAUAUUGAAAUCUUGACAGUGAACGGAGAACUGCUCUUCUUCAGACAAAGAGAAGGAUCAUUCUACCCAACUCUCAGACUGCUGCAUAAAUAUCCGUUCAUUCUUCCACACCAGCAAGUAGACAAAGGGGCCAUUAAAUUUGUCCUAAGUGGAGCCAACAUCAUGUGCCCUGGGCUAACAUCACCAGGCGCUAAACUCUACCCAGCUGCUGCUGACACAGUAGUUGCCAUAAUGGCAGAGGGAAAACAACAUGCACUUUGUGUUGGCGUAAUGAAAAUGUCUGCAGAAAGCAUAGAAAAAGUCAACAAGGGAAUCGGCAUUGAGAACGUUCACUACCUGAAUGAUGGAUUGUGGCACAUGAAGACGUAUAAAUGACAAUAUCAACACCUGUGACGCCUGCCCCUGCCACUACCCCCCGGAGAAUGUGGAGCUCUUGACAGUGAGGCAUGAGCUGCCAGUCAACUGUGUACACCUAUGGACUGAGCUGUGUAACCUGCUGGAGGCUUUGAAUCAAUCGCCAUUAUGCACAAAUAAAAAGUUCUUGCUUUAAACCUUA